GGGCCCAGUGAGUGGACUUUGGGUGGGAUGUGGCGAGAACAUGUAGAGAGGGUGGGAAGUGGGACGUGAAGGAAGAGCCAACUCUUCCUAAAGGACAGGGCUGGAUUUGGGGCGAGUCAGGGGAGGUUGUGGUUUGAGUAGGAUCGGGAGGAGGGCGCACACGCUCAGUCUGUUGCUACCACCACCCAGGGGAGAGGGUGAGGAGGUGGUGCAGCACUUAGAGGCGUUCCCCGUGGGGUCUUCAAGGGACCACGAGGUGCCAUUGUGGCAGCUGUGACAGCGGUAUCCUCGUGCGCCUGCUUGGGCAGUAGAUAAUUUUCUAGCCUCGUUGGCUGAAAAGGACACAGAACACGAAGAGAAAGUGGAGACUUAGAAACUUUGAAUCUCAGAAACUCCAGAGGAGCACAGAGUGACUAGCGAUGGCGUCACUGAUUCUCACUCUGGAACCUCACUAUUGUCACGUUGCUGGAGUGUUACCUCAUGUCCUGUUCUUAAGCAUGUGGCUGUGUGGGGGAAAGAAUUUGAGACUGGGAGGCCAGAGACUGGGGUUCUGUCCCCUCCCCACCAAGGCUGAGGGGAUCUGGCGGUGGAGCGCUAGGAUCAGACGCCCCCGCGAUGACCAGCUCCCCCGUCUCCAGAGUCGUGUACAACGGCAAGAGGACCAGCAGCCCCCGCUCCCCACCCAGCAGCAGCGAGAUCUUCACUCCGGCCCACGAGGAAAACGUCCGCUUCAUUUACGAAGCCUGGCAGGGUGUGGAGCGAGACCUGCGAGGCCAGGUGCCAGGCGGCGAGCGGGGUCUGGUGGAGGAGUACGUGGAGAAAGUCCCUAACCCCAGCCUGAAGACCUUCAAGCCCAUCGACCUGAGUGACCUGAAGCGCCGGAGCACGCAGGAUGCCAAGAAGUCCUAGAGCGCCCCGCGCCCCUCCCUGGCCUCUGGAAGAUCAGGGUGCAAGGUGUCGGUUCCCUCCUGUCCUGUGGCCCUGCUCCUGGGAUGGGGGUGCCUUGCUCCAGUGGGCUGCAGACCCCAGCACUGGCGUGACUGACGGCUGAGGCCUGCCCCUCCUUCCCAAGCCCCCUUCCUUCAUCCUUUGGGGUCUCAGGCUGCCCCCAUCAUGGGGGUCUGGGCCCUGCCCACCCUCCUGCCCUCCCCCAGCCACCCGUCUGCGUUUUUGAAGCUGCCUGGCCCCCAGGGGCCCUGACCUGACCUCUCUCCUCUCCCCUCACCCUCCUGUCCCUGGCCACUGCAGGAUCAGGAGGGGAGAAGAAGGAGCCUCUGCUGCCUCCCAGGCUGCUGGGACUGGGCUGGUUUUGUCCUUGAAAGUGGUCAGGAUACAGGACAAGGGCAGCCCCACCCAUCCAGCCUGGGCUCCCCGCAGACCCUUGCUGCUCCUGUGGCCUGGACACGCUGGGGAGCUUCUCACACCUACCCCUACCGUCCAGCCUGGCCCCUUCCCUGAAUCAGCUUCAAGAUGGCACCAGCUCUUUGGGUGUAGGAUACUGCCGGGCCCCCCAAAGGGGUCCCCAGCAACCAGGCCUGGCCUCCUGGUGUCUGCGGUCACAGUGGCCCCGUGGGCAGGGGCACCCAGGCUGACCCUGAGGUGCUGCUGCUGGGUCUGUCUUGGCUCUGGGGUGUGCUGGGUCACCAGGUCCCUUUUUCUUUCUGUGCCCUCUGAAAACCAAGUGUCUGUGUGGCUGUGGAGCUCGAGGGUCUGUGAAUAAAGGCGGCGGCACUGGG